AUGGCAUUGGCAGCUUACCGGAACCUGCUGCGGUCUGCGCGCAUCGCCUUCCAAGGCGACACACACACAUUCGUGGCCGCCCGCGCAGAGGUCCGCAAGAACUUUGAGUCGAAUCGCAAUCUGCGCAUCGGAAGCGAGGAGCUGCAAAAGUCGUUGGUACAUGCAGAAGAGGUGUCCAAGUUCCUGCGCGAGAACGUAGUGCAGGGCCAAGCAGAGGAUCCAGAUGGCAAAUACAAACUACGGAUACACGAGCACACCGAACGAGGCGAUAAUGAGGACAUCAAAAAGGGAAAGGGAAAAACUACAUUGGGCGGAACAAAGUGCUGCUCGUCCUAG